AUGGCAGGAACGCUGAUUGUGCAGCGGCGCAUAUCUGUAUUCCUGGGGUGCAGCCAAGUGCAGGCCAAGCUGCGGGGUACGCUGUCAUGCCAAAAUGUUAUGCCCGGUACGACACAGGCGACAUCACCCAAAGAGAGGGGUCCUAUAGAGGCUGGAAAGCUGCAGCGUGGUUUGCUGGAGGUGGAUGUGCUGCUCCCGCAGCUCCCGUCACUGCCCCCCCAUAGAAGCCUCCGCGGCAGCGACGCCCGGUCGGGCGUGGGCCUGCCCGCACCCCUGCGCCGCCUGCUGGAGGCGCAAGACAGCAGCGGCGGCGUCCCGGCGCCCACGCCGGCGCCCGCAGACGCGCCGGCGCAGGCCCCCGCGCCAGCGCAGCAGCCGCAGCAGAGCCAGGUGCCGGUCAUCCUGGCCAUAGCUCCCAACCAGCCAGUGGUGGCAGUGAAUGCCAGCUCGGGGGGAAUCAUAGAGGCAUCGGCCAUCAACACCACGCGGUGCAUACGCUACGCAGCCGGCUUCAACUCCAGCAACAGCAGCAUGUACGACGCGGGCGGCGCCGUGCCCACGCGCCCGCCGCUCGACCUCAGCGGCUGCCUGGCCUCCAACACGGUGGUGGCCUCGGCCAGCCAGACCUUUGUAGUGCAGGUCAAGGUGAACGCGCUGGUGGGCAGCAUGUCGGCCGGCGACCUGCAGGUCAGCGGCGGCACGGUGGUGGGCGUGGGGCCGCCCUACAUCCAGGGUGCCUUCCAGACCUUUGACGCCACGGUGCAGUUGGCUGAGGCCAACACGCAGUGCCGGCUCUACGUGCUGCCGGGGGCCUUCACGGACCGUGCGGGGGAGCCCAGCGAGGGAAGCAACUCGCUGGUGGCGAUCUGGGACACGCAGCCGCCGCAGCCCACCAUCACCACCAGCGGCGGCGGCAAGUUCCUGACCACCGACCAAACCAAGAUACCGUUGCUGGUCGACUUUGGGGAGCGCGUGCUGCAGCUCAACCCGCUGAAGCUGGUCAAAGUCACGGGGUUUGCCAGGAUGGAUGUGAUGUAUGAUGUGCUAGCUGGAGAGAUUGUGGUGAUUGGAACCAUCGUCGACCCCGCCAACGCCACCACCGUUGUCGUUGAGGUGCCUGCGGGGGUUACGACAGACAUGAUGGGAAACCCCAACCUAGCUGCCAGCCUCACCAUUGGUUACAUGCCUGUGAGCAACGCGUCUGCCGCGCUGGGAAGCGCCAUGGCGUCCAUGUUCGCGGUGGGCGGCAGCGCCUUCAUCGGCGGCUCCCUGGUGGUCAACUCUCUGGUCCCGGGGGCAGUGUUCCCCACCGGCAACAACCUGGGAGCCAUGGCAACCAAGGUCCAGUUCAUCAUGCUGUUUGGCAACCUGGCCAUCCCCACCCUGCCUCCCAACUACCGCGCCGCCGCCGCGCAGCUCAGCUUCAUCUCAAUGGACUGGGCCUCGCCUGUGUCGUCUGGCAGCGGCGGCGGCGGCGAGGUGAAGACGGAGGAGGAGCUGGAGAAUGAGGCGGCGCUGGCGGCCCUGAUGAGCGGCGACAUCUUCUUUACGCCCGUGCCGCUGGGGGUGCUGAUCAUGCCGGACGGCGACGUCAUCCUGUUUGAGGUGCCAGAGGACGGCGGCGGCGUGGGCGGCCUGGGCACCUCCCCGCUGGCAGGCUCGCAGCUGGCCGGCGCUGAGGGGCUCAAGGACUCGGCCGAUGGGGGCGAGCUCCCCGGCAACUCUACAGGCGACAACUCCACAGCCACCAACUCGACCUCGCCGCCAGAGCCGGAUGCACCUCCCUCGCCGCCGGAUGCCCACGGCGCGUGGCCCGGCAGCCUGGAGCAGGAGGGGCCGCAGCGGCGGCGCAGCCUGCAGGCAGAGGACGACGUCACGAUCGAGAGCGUGGACAGCGACGGCGACGCGCUGUAUGUUGCCAUGGCCAACGGCAACCUGUUUGUGUACGACCUCAAGGGCAACGGCGGGUGGAGCCAGCACCCCAGCGCCGGCCGCGUCAGCCGAGUGGUCAUCUCCGACGAUGGCAAGGUCUUCUUGAUCAACGAGGCCGGCGCGGAGCUCCAGCAGUACACCGGUACCGGCGUGACCAACAAGCGCUCGCUGCCGGGCGGCGGCUGCACCGACCUCGCCGUCAACUCUGAGGGCACCGUGCUGGCGGUGGUGUGCGGCAACGGCCUGCACGUGCUGAGGUCCACGGGCAGCAACCCCGCCAGCUUCAAGCGCCUCAUACCCCGCUCCGUCUGCUCCGCGGCGUUUGACGACGCGGGCUUCCUGUGGGUGUCGCGCCGCUCGGGACCGGCCUGCUCCGGCAUCGGCUACGUGCGGCCCUCAGACAUCAGGAAGCACCUGCAGCAGGUGGAUGCCAAGGGCGCCGUGAAGGACGUGGCCGACUACGAUGCCAGCCUGGACAGCUGCGACGAGCUCCAUGCCGGCGCCUACUCAUCGGAGACCAACAAAGCCACGCUGUACUGCUGGUUGGGCUCCGACUCCCAGCUGCGAUCGAUGAGCCUUCUGGCCAUCGACCCGCCACCAGAGGAGACGGGGGCACGGGUCUACACUGCCGACAGCUCCAUCUGUCGGGCCGCCAUCCACGCCGGCGUGCUGACCAACUCUGGAGGCUUGGCGACUCUGUACUGGCUGCCUGGGCAGGACGGGUACACGGACCCGCCCAGCCCGGAGCCGCCCUCGCCCAGGCCCCCACCACCGCCCAGCCCUGAAUCGUCCACCUCCAGCUCCGCGCAAGAAUGCGAGGAAGGCAGCCUCUUGAACGUCUGCACCAGCUGCGACGGCUGCGGCAGCGGCGAGUGUGUGUGCCUCUUUGGCGCUUGCGUGUGCCUGUCUUACGGCUCCACCGCCUGCCAGGCCGGGCAGGUGCGGUGCGGCGUGUGCGGCGUGUGCGAGGACGGCGCGUGCCGCGAGCUGCCGGAGGGCGGGCGGGGCAGAGGCUCCUACAAGAAGCGCAUGUGCUUCGAAGAUUACCCCCUGGGGUGCCCAGCCAACAAGCCCAUCUGCCAGGCUCGGGCUUGCGAGCGGCCUGGGGCCGUGGGUCUAGGAUACUGCAGGAAGGAGAAUGACCCCGGCUACAACGGCAACAAUGGCGUGGGCAACGGCGCCAGCAACGGCGGCGGCAGCGGCGAGCAGGCUCGCCGCCGCCUGCUGUCUUCGGUGCCGGGCGGGCGGGCGGUUGAGGCGCUGCAGCAGGCGGCUGGGGGACUCCUCCAGCGCCGCCUGCGUGGCAUCGGCAGCCCCACCCUGCCGCUUGUGCAGCCCGAGCAGCCACGGCAGCUGAGCAGCGGGGAGCUCAACGCCCUCAUGCACGGCGCCUACCGCGAGGAGCAGGAGCAGCGGCGGCGGCGCCGGCUGCUGCAGCAGGCCGCCGCGCCGCCCAACGGCACCUCGGCCGGCCCGCCGCCCGCGGCGGGGGCGGCGCAGGCGCCCGCGCCCGCCCCCGAGCCAGGCGGCAGGACCAUCAUGGUGAAGGACCUCAGCGCCGUGGACGGUACCGGCGGCAGUAUCUACGUCGUCACCUCCACGGGGGUAGAGACCAACGCCACGGCCAACGCGUCCGCGCCGGCCAACGUCACGCUGCCGGAGGGCGUGGCCAGCCAGAUUGAGGGAAUCAUGGAGUCAGUCAAGAACAGCGUCAGCCUCACGCUGCAGAGCGGGGAGGGCAUCUAUGCGCUGUGGAACACGCUGUUCUGGGUCUCCAUAGCGCUGGUCGCCAUUCUGUGCCUGCACGCCGCCAUCCGCGCACUGAUCAUCUGGCGCAAGUGGCGCAUGCGCAUGUUCUUCGAGUGGCCACGGCCGGAGCUCUGGUUCAUGUGGUGUGUGCUUCCCAUCAUCGCGGCCCAGGGAACAAUGCUUGUGGUGGGAGAGACCACGGGCGAGGUGGCGGCGGGCGUCGCCUUUGGCAUCCUGCUGCCCGUGGGGCUGUUGGCCAUGUCUUUCUUCCUGGUCGUCAAGCACCUGACCAUGGUGAUCCCGCAUCAGCGCAGCGCCUACUACCUCCCCGACCAGGAGGCGGAGAAGGUCAAGCGCAAGCGGCAGGCCAAGCUGGCCCGCCUGCAGUCUGGCGCCACCAGCGCCGGCACCCUGGGCGACGUGCCGGCCGGCCCCAGCGGCGCGCCGCGCCUGGAGCGCGUCAGCACGGGCCUUGGCGGCUCCGACUACAGUCGCACGGUGUCGCUGCAAGAGCGCGGCAGCUGGACGCGGCACGCUGGAGCGGCCAGCCCGGGCGCCGCCUCGGCCGCCUCGCGCUCCUCCGGCGCCGGCUCGGCGGCCGGCGCCGAGCUGCUGCGCCCGGCGCGGAUGGACAGUGGUGCUGGCAGCGCCGGCGAGCAGGAGGAGGCCAGGAGGCCGCUCAAGAAGCGCAUUAAGAAGUGGCUGGUGCGCUUCAUCGUCAAGCCGCUGAUCGGCUUCGACCCCUCGCUCCAGGGCGAGUGGGUGCCGCCGCACGGCUACGACGUCAGCUUUGUGGCGCGGUACGGCGUGCUGUUUGAGACGUCCCGGGGCCCUGACGUGGUCUACAGGCCCGGCACAUUUGAGUUGGACCCUGCGACCGGCAAGUAUGACCGCGGCGAGAUGAUCCCCCUGGCCGAUACGCGCUGGUCCAGGGCACGAGAGGUGGCCCGGACGCUGGGCGUCACCGUCCAGCUGCUGAAGCUGGUGCUGUUUGCCCAGCUGGCCUCCAUCUUUGGCCACAGCUCCAGCAUCAGCCCCCUAUGGCAGGUCAUCCCCAUGCUCAUCCUCAUCGUGGUCUACUGGACGUAUGUGCGUUUCUUUGUGCCCAUGGCCUCCUUUGGGGACAUGGCAAACGAGGUCGCCGGCUGCGCCCUGGAUCUGGGCACCUUUGUGUGCGGCAUCAUCCUGGCUGUGACCCCGGUCACCAGCUACCAGACCAUCAACAACCUGGGCAUUGCCAUGCUCUCCUUCCAGUUCCUCUCCCUCAUCCUCACCCUCUUCCCACCCUGCAUGGAGUUCCUUGUCAUGGGCGUGGGCUGGGUGUGGCACAAGCUCUUCCCCAGCCCCGGCGACAAGUUUGCGCGCGUGGUGGAGGAGGUCAUGCGCAAGGAUGAGCGCAUCCUGUCCCGCAAGUUUGCCGACCGCUGGCUGCUCAAGGUGCACGGCCGCGGCCUCAACCAGCGCGCGCUGCACCAAUAUGAGAAGCAGCAGCUGCUGCUGCCGUUUGGCUUCAACAUCAGGAACACGGCCCAGGCAAGUCGCCCUGGCCCACAGUGCCCGCCGUUGGGGGUCAGCAAAGAAGGCUCUUGCACAAAUGGCGGAUGGAGGCAGCUAGCCCUCACUGCCGCCCUCUGGUUGCUACUGCUGGCGGUGAUCGUGGGACCACGCGCGGCGGGGGGCUUCGAGGCGGCGGAGGUGGAGGUGAGAGAGUUCAUGCAGCAGCAUGAAGUCCACCUGCCGCUCCCGACGCGUCCCGCGCUGUUUGCCAGCGGCAGGCACGAGAACAGCAGCAGCACCAUGGGGCUGCUGCCGGACGCCCUGCGCCGCAUGCUGCUGACCACAUAUGAAACCAGCGGCAACAUCGGCACGCUAGGGCCGCAAGUGCCGGUCAUCCUGGCCAUAGCUCCCAACCAGCCCGUGGUGGCAGUGAAUGCCAGCUCCGGCAGGAUCAUCGUCGCGGAUGCGGUGAACACCACGCGCUGCAUACGCUACGCGCCGGGCUUCAACGCCACCACUAGCAGCAGCAACGGCGCAGCACGUCCGCCGCUCGACCUCAGCGCUUGCCUGGUGUCCACCACAGUGGUGGCCUCGGCCAUCCAGGAGAUCAGCGUGCAGGCAAGCACAUGCUGCAGCUGGCUGGGCAGCGGCGCUGUACCAAAAUCAGCGUACCGAUCCUGUAGCGACGCGGCAAGCAGGCGGGGCAACCGGGCAGGGCGGCAUAUUGCGCGCCACGUCAUGGUCAAUGCAUUAGUAGACAGCAUGAGUGUGGAGGAUUUGGAUGUGGUGGGCGGGACAGCGCUGCAGGUAUCAGCGCCAUUCAUCAAAGGCGCAUUCCAGAUCUUCGACGUAACGGUGCGGCUGGCUAUGGCUGACACACCUUGCAAAAUCAGGGUGCUGCCCGGGACGUUCACAAACCGGGCGGGGGAGCCCACGGAAGGCAGCAACACGCUGGUUGCUGUGUGGGACACCCAGCCGCCUGAGCCCAUCGUCAACACCAUCGGCUCCUACCAGACGACCGACCAGCAGCGCUUGCCCCUGGUCAUCGAUUUCGGGGAGCGCGUGCUGCAGCUGAACCCACUGAAGCUGUUCAGUGUGACGGGGUUCGCCAGGUUGGAUGUGUUGUAUGAGGUUUUGGAGGGCAGGAUCUUCCUGAUCGGCAGCAUUUCGGACCCAGAAGUCCCCGUCAUAGUCACAGUGACGGUGCCAGCCAACGUGACGACUGACAUCAUGGGCAACCCCAACGCUGGCGUCACGUACGACCUGGUGUAUCUGCCUAAGAGCAUGCAGUCGGAGAACGUGGGCAAGGCCAUGUCGGCGGUGUUUGCGCUGUCUGGCGGAACUUUCUUCCUGGGCACCAUGGCCAUCAACGCCCUCCUGCCGCUGUCUGUCUUCCCCACCGGCAACAACCUGGGCGUGAUGGUCAGGGUGCAGUUUGUCUACCUGUUUGGGCAGCUGAGCAUCCCCACGCUGCCGCUCAACUACCGCGUAGCUGCCGACCAGCUGGGAUACGUCACCCUCGACUUCCCCUCGCCGGUCAACCCAGACGGGUCGACCACAGCCGGGGAGGACGGCUCCACCACCACCGGGGAUGAACAGGCGGAGGCCGCAUUUCAUUACGCACAUAUUAUACAUAGCCUAUUAUAGCCUAUUAUAGCCUAUUAUAGCCAACAGUAGCCCACCCGUCCG